AAGCGCUAAGCGCUCCCCCGCAAAGACCAGAAUGCCUGUUCGUAUCUACACGUUCAAAGUCGAGCUCAUCGGUUCUCGUAACCCUGUCAUUUCUCGGACAUUCUCCGUUCCCGCCUCUUGGACCUUCCAGCGGUUGCAUGCAGCAAUUCAGUACGCAUUCAGCUGGCAAAACUGCCACCUCCAUCAGUUCACGUUCGAACCCACGCGUCGUCCUCCGACACGUGAGGAGCGCCGUUUCAUCUCGAUGGAUUAUAGGGAAAAACUUGUUGUUAUUCAUAUGGGAACACCGGAAGAUGAAGAUGACGACUGGGCCACAUCGGCACGCGCGAGGCUCAGUGAGAAGGACGUCAAAUUAAACGAUUUCUUUGAGGAUACCGGAAAGUAUCGAAAGAUGGCAUUGAAAGAUGGGGUUAUGGGGAAAUGCUACUACUUGUAUGAUUUUGGGGACAAUUGGGAACAUCAGAUAACACUGAUUUCUGCGGAGACGUACGCGUCUGGCGUCAAGGAACUGAAAGUCAUCGAAGCCGCUGGUUGUGCCUCCGCUCGAGGAUGCUGGUGGCAUAUACGGCUGGGAUGAACUUAAGCGAGCUUUUGCAACCACGAACCCAAAUAGCGCAAUGCGUGACCGGAAACGUUGGGCUCGUGAAAUUUCGCCGCUAGGCCAGGCCUUCAAUUCUGCUGUGCAACCUCCCGCC